CAUGUCCUAUAUAUUUAUUUCUAAUCUGUACUACUACUACUAGUGUACUAGUCUACAUUCUAGGCCCCAGGCUUAACUUGAAAUUAAAGUUUUAAAGACUUAAGCUAAAGUAACAUAGCCAGAAUGAAAUUAAGAUGCCUGUCUUACACUACUGAAUAAAACAACUGUUUUUUAUCGGACUUAUAAGUUUAAAUUUGUGUUGCGUACUGAAUUUUAAAAUAAACAGCCAAACUUAAAGACAUUGAGUUGAGUAAAGUAAAUAAUAUCAGUAAUAAAAGAAAAAGAUGUCAAGAUCGUCAAUUUCAAGAUUAUUUUUCAGUUUACAGUUACAUCAUAACGUCUUACCUUGUUCAGGUUCUUGGAACAAUAUAUAUUCAUAUACUUCAAAGUAUGGUCUUUUGAAUGCAAGAUGUUGGAAACUUUUAAAUUUUCCUGCAAUCAGUAUGCAUUUUUCUUGCAGUAGUUACAAUUUGAAUAAGUAUUCACAAAUAACAUUGUUUAAUCAUGGGUCAUCAUACUCACAUCCUACAUUUGAGAAACUGAAUAAUGUGAAUAUGCAUUCAAAUUUAGGUCUAGUUUUCAAACAAUGUAGGUACAUGGGUAUCCAGAAUAAUAAAGUGAAUAGAAGAGUGACAAGAACAACAAAUCCCAAUAUUAGACAGCUGAAUGAAAAGAAAGAUAUUGGCAAUCAGGAUGAUGAACAAAAACAAAAUGAGUUGAAAACAUCUUCAGAAUCAGCAAGCAGUGCAUCAAGUGAGAAUGUAGAGCAAACAGAAAAGUUAUCACUUUAUCAAAGAUUCAAAAAAACAUAUAAAGAACAUGGCAAAGUGUUGGUUGGUGUACACCUUGUUACAUCAGCUGCAUGGUUUGGAACAUUUUAUUUAAUGGCAAGCAGCGGAUUGGACAUAGUUCCUUAUCUUGAGGAAUGGAAUUUUAGUGAAAAAAUCAUUUCACCUUUUCGAUCAGGUGGUCUUGGUCAUGUAGCAGUUGCUUACCUAAUGUAUAAAUUAGCAACACCUGCAAGAUAUACUGUAACAAUUGGAGGAACCAACCUUGUUAUAAGAUACCUAAAAAAAGAGGGUAAAAUGAAAGCAGUUCCUAAAGAAGACACUUUAACAUCUCUUUAUAAAGAAGGAAAAGAGAAGUUAAAGAAAAAGUCUACGGUCAGCAUGAGAAAGUUGCGUAGGAGAAACAGACCCAAGUAAACAUGUAUUAUGCAAUAUUUUGGAAUAUAAAAUUGAUAUAGCUUUAAGAAAUAUAUUCCCCACAACAUUCUCUUAUUAGUUUCUAUCUAUGUAAUUGUAAAAUAAAUCGGCCUUGUGGCAAGUGCUCUCUGUGUUAAUCAUAUUAAGCUAAUGUAUGCUAAAAAGGUCAUCCAUAAACGAUGUCACACAUUUAAAAACAAGUUUUACGUACUGUCCCACCCCAUCACUACACAUUGACACAAAAAAAA